AUAUUUGCUGCAUGCGGUGUUAGAUGCUCUUACAUUGCUCUUUUUGUUUGCGGGGUCGCGUGCUGCGUUUCCGUUCCCCUUCCUCUUCUCCUUUCGUUUUCUGCUCCUCCCCCGCAACAAAUCUUGGUCGCUUCGCCGCCGGCACAAGCGGCCGGAGCAGCAGCCAGUCGGCAGCGAUGGGGGACCACGAGGCGCGCGGGGACGACACGGAGAGGAAGGCGGACAAGAAGCUCUCCGGCUGGGGGCUCUUCGGCUCCAAGUACGAGGACGCCGCCGACCUAUAUGAUAAGGCCGCCAACUUUUUCAAGCUCUCAAAAAACUGGAACAGAGCUGCAUCUGUGUACAUCAAGAUUGCUAAUUGCCAUCUGAAGGGCGAUAGUAAGCAUGAAGCUGCCUCAGCUUAUGUGGAAGCUGCAAACUGCUACAAAAAAUUCUCACCUCAGGAAGCUGCGCAAGCGCUAGACGAGGCUGUUAAUCUUUUUUUGGAAAUUGGUAGAUUGAGCAUGGCUGCAAGAUACUGCAAGGACAUUGGUGAGAUUUAUCAGCACGAACAAGAUUUGGAGAAGGCUUCAGAUUACCUAGAAAGGGCCGCAGAUCUUUUCGACAGUGAAGGACAGACAUCUCAAUCAAACACCAUCAAGCAGAAAGUUGCAGAAAUUGCUGCGCAGUUGGAACACUACCCAAAGGCAACGGAGAUUUUUGAAGAUAUUGCUCGUCAAUCAAUUAACAACAAUCUGCUGAAGUAUAGUGUCAGAGGCAUCCUCCUUAAUGCUGGCAUCUGCCAACUAUGUAGAGCUGAUACCGUUGCUAUACAAAAUUCGUUGGAGAGAUACCAGGAAAUUGAUCCGACUUUCUCAGGAACUCGCGAAUACAAACUUUUAGCUGAUCUUGCUGCAUCAAUGGACGACGGAGAUGUUGCCAAAUUUACUGAUGCCAUCAAGGAAUUUGACGGCAUGACACGCCUGGAUCCUUGGAAAACGACACUGCUGCUGAGGGCAAAGAAUGAACUGAAGAAACAAGAGGAUGAUGAGGAUGAUCUAACCUAAGCCUUGUAAAAAUUCUUUCAUGCUUCAACAUGGUGUGAUUUAUACAUUUGUAUGCCUCUAUUUCAUCUUGGAGGUACAUAUAAUGGGCAUAAUGAAGAUCCACCUUUUGGUUGUAUAGAACUUCAUUUUGAAGUAGCAUAUGGGGUGUCAUGUGUCAUUUGUUUGUCAUGACUUGGUUUUCCUUCCGAAUGAUAUGCUUAUUGCUUGUAUCCUUCUGUAACAUGUUCUAUUUGACCGUCA